GCAUCACAGCAUCAGCUAGCUACCCAGCUAGCUGUAGCAAACAAUGUGGUAAUGUAAUGAGCUUCACUCUUUGUUUCACCAACAUCAGAGACUUAGUAAAUACAAUGACUGUAUCCCGGGACAGGAGCACUCUGACACAGAUCUUUCUCCAUGCUGAGAGAUUCACCUGUAACCAUGAGGAGACAGAAGAUGCGAUGCUCUGACAACAUCACAAACUACGAACUGAAGAUGGAGAAGGUCCUGGAGAAACUGGUGACCAUGGUGAAGCAGCACCCUGAUGGGAUCCCCCUGAGGACACUAUCCAUAGUUUACAGCCAGACGUACCACAAGAACCUGACGCUGUCCUCACUGGGCUUUGACUCCAUGAACAGCCUGGUCUCCUCUCUGCACAGGGACCUGGUCCUGGAUGGGGAACUGGUUUUUCACAAGGACCGUUGGCGCAAAAGAAAGUCCAAAGCUAAAGCUGUAGGUGGAGCUGCAGGUGGAGCUGCAGGUGGAGCUGCAGGUGGAGCUCCACCAGAGGAGAGCGGGAGGCCUGAGGAGGUUCUGGAGGAUAUUGUGACCAUGAUGAAAGAACAUCCUGCAGGGAUUCCUCUGAAGAAGAUGGCCAUUGCCUACAGCCAGAAAUACAAACACAACCUGACCUUGACCUCCAUGGGCUUCAAAACCAUGUCCAGUCUGGUGGAGUCUCUGGGUGAGCUGGUGGUGAGGGGGGACACGGUCUUUCAUAAGACCCACCAGCCUCAGAGCCUGCCUGUCUCUGUGAAAACCUCCAGACCCUCAGCUGACAGCAGGCCUCAGACUCCUCAGAGCUCUGACCCUUUCGUCUCCUCCCGCCGUGUCAGCCCCCCUGCUCUGCCAGGACUCAGCUUCUUGGGUCCAACUUUGUUUUCCUCGUCCCCCGUGCCGUCCACACAGAGUCCUCCUGUGAAUCCUCUCCUGCCUGCAACCAGACCUGCUGAGAAACUGAGCCAGCCACAGCUCUAUGACAAGGUCAUACAGGUGAUGAAGGAGUAUCAGCUGAAUGCUCCGUCCAUGGAGAAGCUGCAGACCUGCUACCAGCAGCUGCAUGGUGAGCCUCUACCCUUCACUCAGUACAUGUCUCUGUAUGACAACUGGGAGGCCACCUGCCCUAAGGCUCCGCCCUCUGAACCAAGGGAACCUGGCACACCUGCAGUUCCUCCCACAGCAGCACAGACUCCCCUAAAGUGGUCUGAUAAAGAGCCUCAGCAGCAGGCGCUCGCAGUGUCCAGCUGCCUGCCUGACCCUGACUUCCCAGCGCUGGGGGCCAGCCUGUCCAAACAGAAGAAGAGUAAAGUCAGAGACACAGUCCAGAGAGAGGGCGGCGUCCCCGUCUUUAAAGAAGCCUAUCACGCCCAGCUGAGGGAGGUGCAUGGAGCCAACAUGAGGGCGGUGGAGGCUUUGGAGGAGGAUGAGGAGGAGGUCACAGGGUACAGGAGGAGGAGGGUGGUGGAUCAGGAUUCAGUCAACAGUCUGAUGGAGGACGUGAUCCGAGACAUCGCUGCUGAGGGAGAGCUGGUCACCAGAGACAGGGUGAUAUCCAGGGUGUGUCAGCUGCUGCAGAUUCCUUCUUUGGCAGCAGGAAGGGUUAACAUCUGGACGAUUCCAGCUCUCAGAGACCUUCAGUACAUCAUGAGAGAGAUCAACAUGUUCAUAGAGUGCACGGAGGUGGUGACAUCCAUCUGCACCCUGUACGAGCUGGGACAGUCUCUGGCUGGCCUGAAGAACAAGAAGCACUAUGAAGAGCUGAACCUGGGCCCGCUCUGCAAACUGCCCCUCGUCCACCGCAUGUUCAAGAUCGACAGCAACACCAAGGACGACGACAUUCGACAGAUCCAGACAGUGGAUAUCCUGAAGCAACUUCGUACGUUUAGGAGGCAGCAGACUAAACCCAAAGUGGACCUGGCUGAGUUCAUGAAGUAUCUGGCUGACCACUACAACUGUGACUCCCCGUACGAGCUGGGCAUCAGGAUACACAGUGUGGGGCUGCCCAUAUCAACUUUAAGCAAGGUGAGCAGGGAUGAGCACCUGACCCUGGAGAAGGCCCGGGAGGUGAUCCAGAGGGAGCUGGAGGAGGAGAUCAUGGAUCGUCUGAGGAAGAUAAAGAGGAGUGUGAUGGAGCCGCUGCAGGGAGCAGCUUCCUUCUCCACAGGAAACCUCGACCUCAGGAAGAAGUACGCUUCCCUGACGGCGGCCGAGGUGGUGCUGGCUGUCUUCUCAAACGCUGAGGGGGUGUUCAGUCCCAGGAUGGCUAAGAAUGUGCAGAGCUUCCUGCUGCAGGUGUCAGGUAACGCGCUGGCCAGGGCUCUGUUUCAGCUCUCCAUCUGUGGAGGCUCGCUGGACGUCCCUCAGGACCUGGUCCCCAAAGACAAGCCAUCUAAAGCAUCAGCCCCCUCUAAACCAGAGGACAACCACUCCACGUCCCUCCCCAGUGAAGUGAAAGUGAAGCAGUUCAUCAAAGACAGCCUGUCCUCUCAGAGCUCAGCCGUCACUCUGGCUCACAUCGCCGCUCUGGAAAAGAAGCUGACCAAACACUUCCAGGUCAAAGACUUCCUGUCUUUGAAGCAGGGGAACUUCCUGGAGUUCCUGGUUAAACACAUGCAGCUGCUGCAGGACUGUCUGGGCUCUGCUCUGAUUCUGGGCAGCAGCAGCAGCAUGGAGCUCUCAGGCAGCGGCUUUAGACCCUCCAGACAAGACGUGUUUGAGUUCAUCAACCAGUGUGGAGACAUCAAGUCCACUGAUCCAGAAGAGCUCUCCCACAUCGAGACAGCGCUAAGGGAACACUUCAGGGUCCGGGACAGUCGGGACCUGGGCUUCGGUACCCUGCACAUGCUGGCCGGUCUGGUCCUAAAACAGAGAACUCUGGCCGGAGGAGGACUGAGCCCAGUUCACUACGAGUCCGCCCUGUUCACCAGACACGGCAAAUCAAGUGCUGAAGCGGGGGGUGAGGCGGUGGGACGUCUGGGUGAGAUGUUCAAGGAGCAGGCCCUGUCCAGCCUGCUGUGCUGCCCCCUGCUGGAGGAUUUGAGUGAGUGGAGCCAGUGGGAGCUGGUCUUCAAACCACGUCACGGCCCCCUCAAGGACUUCAUGGAGAGGAACGCAGCGAACACAGGUCUGUCAGCUCUGGAGGUCUCACCUGGUCUGCUGCUCAGGAUCACCUCACACACUGGAGACAAACACUUCUCAGCUGCUGUGAUGACCCUCGACCCCGUGGGCACAGCCGGACACCUGGUGUCCAUGGUGGUUACUGAUGGGAUCGCUAACGCCCCCACCGCCCUCCUGGCCAAUCACGUGGAGUGCUCACUGGCAGCUGCUGUGGCUGGAGAAGAGAUGUCCCACGAUGAAGACGACGUGUCUUGUUACAGCAGAGUGGCUAAAUUCCUCUUGGAGUGUUUUAUAAGAAUCCCGUCCAGGAUCUGCCAGGCCCUGCUGAAGAAGGUGUUUCUGGAGCCGUUCUCUGGAGUCCUGGGUCAGACCAAGUCCAAACAGGUCCUGAUCACAGUCGCCCAGUCCGACCUAAGACACCUGAACUGUCUGCACCGGCUGGGGAUCCUGUUGGGCAUCACAGAGUGGAUCAAAGACUUCGAGAAGAAACUGAACACGCCACAGAUUCUGAACCACAGAGACACACACACAGCUGCUGACCAACACACCAAGUCUAAUCUGCUGGAUUCUGAGAGCAGCAGUCUGUCGGCCUUGAAUACGAGCGAAGACGAGUUUCUGGAGGAGAACGUGGUGGACAGCAGCUCCGUCUCCUCCAGCCUGGACCAGACUCUUCAACAAGUGAACGGUGAGCAUGACAAGGAGGAUGAGGAGGGAGAUGAUGAAGAGGAGCUGUAUGAGCUGACCUCGCUUCAAAACGGGCAGAAAUCAGACGUCAGCAGUGCAGCUGAGGGAGAUGAGGACGAGUCCGACAUGUCAGACUCUGAUGAGAGGGAUCCAGCUGACAGCCAAUCAGAGAGCGUGUCAGACGUCCAUAGAGCGCUCAUUGAAGACAUAAGGAAGAGUGAGUUUGGUAUCGGUGUGGAGCUGAACGCCGAGGGACAGAAGCUGAUGCAGGUCCAUCAAGACCGGCUGGGCCGUAGCUUGGACCGCCUCUCCACAGAGCUCUACAGCAAAGACACGCACUUUGUCCUGGAGCUCAUCCAGAAUGCAGAUGACAACAGUUACCCAUCAGAGGCCGACUCUGAGGUUCCAGCUCUGGCCUUUGUGGUGGAGAGAGACUGCAUCACUAUCUUCAACAACGAGACCGGCUUCCAGGAGAAAAACAUCCGGGCCAUCUGUGAUGUGGGCCGCAGCACCAAGGGCAAACACAAUAUUGGAUACAUAGGACAGAAAGGUAUCGGCUUCAAGUCGGUGUUCAAAGUCACAGACUGUCCUGAGAUUCACUCCAACGGCUUCCACCUGCGCUUCGACAAGACCUGCGGCCCAAUGGGAUACAUCCUCCCUCACUGGGCCGAAGACGGGAGGCCGCUGGAUGCACACCUGAAGGACCUGAGUCUGCACAGCUGGACCACAAAGAUCCUGCUCCCUCUGCGCUCUGAGAACUAUCAGACCAGAAACCUGUUCCAUGACGUGCACCCCUCCCUUCUGCUCUUCCUGCACCGCCUGCGCUCCAUCACCAUCUACAACCAGAGCGAGAGGCGUCUGGUGACCAUGACUCGGAAAGACCUGAGUCACAGCGUGCUGGAGGUGGAGCACACGGACGGCAUCGAGCGUUGGCUGGUGGUCAAAACUACAGUGCAGCCCAAGAAGAUCAAAGAUAACGUUGAAUCCACCGAGCUCGCCCUCGCCUUCCAGCUCAACAGUGACCCUACAGGAAGUGACAUCAUAUUCCAGCCUCAGAAACAGCCUGUGUUUGCUUACCUGCCGCUCCGCAGCUUCGGCUUCCGCUUCAUCAUCCAGGGUGACUUUGACAUUCCGUCCUCCAGGGAAGACGUGGACAGAGACAGCUCCUGGAACCAGUGGCUCCGGACUGAGAUCCCACAGCUGUUCCUGCAGGCCAUGGAGGUCUUCACUGAUCAUCCAGAGUUCAGAGGUCUGAGGGGUCUCUGUCAGUUCCUGCAGUUCAUCCCCCUCCCUGAUGAGGUGCUGGACUUCUUCAAGCCUGUUGCUGGGCAGAUUAUUCAGCUGCUGAAGGGCAGAGCCUUCCUGCCUACACUCAGCUCAGACGGUCAGGUGGUGUGCAAGCUGCCUUCUCAGGUGGCCGUCUGUCAGGAUGCUGUGAUCCGUGACGUGAUUGGAGGAGAGGAGCUGGAGCGUCACCUGUCUCUGUCGUACCUCCAUCCUGAUCUGAGCCGAUCCGCCCCCACCUCCCUGCUGACUCACCUUGGGGUCCGGUACCUGCGGGGAUCUGAUGUUACCACAGUGACCACAGCCAUGGCCAAGGAGCUGAUGAAGGUGGAGGGCAUCCACACAGAGGGCGGUCUGCUUCAGCUAGCCCGCCUGCUGCUUUGUAACUUCCGCGCUCUGGAGCACGGCUACGGAGAGGCGGACUCCAUCCUGCAGACCCUCAGGGAUUUACCCAUAAUCCCCCUGGCUGAUGGGCGUGUGGUGGCGCUGAAUGGAGAAGGAGUGUUCUUCCCUAUGGAGGAAGUAAAGAACAAGAAGAAGAAAGCUCAGGCUGACACAGGUCCUCUGUCUGCUCUGUAUAAAGACGUGAGCGUGGUUCACCCGUCCCUGCUGAGCUGUGUGGAUCCUCUGCAGAGUCAGCAGGUCAGAGAGCUGCUCAGGAGACUGGGAGUCCACGACCUGGAGCCCCAGCAGCUGCUGCAGGAGCACAUCUACCCCACCCUGCGGAGCAACAAGUGGAAGUCCAAGCCCCCUGCAGUGGUGGUGAGCUACCUGGUCUUCAUCAAGCAGCACUGCACCAGUCAGGACUACACUGACACCGCAGUACCUGUCCUCACCAACAGGGGGCUGCUGUGCCCUGCUGAGGAGAGAGUCCACUUCUCUGAGGAGUACAGGAACAUAGACCUGCUCGAGAAACUACCUGGCUGUGAUUGGCUGCUGCUGAGUCCCUGCUACGUGCAGACAGACGGAGACGUUGCCGGAUGGAGGGAGCUGUUCAUCAGGCUGGGAGUCAGAGACGGACUCAUCAUCCGCAAACAGAGACAGACGCUCACCCCUACAGAGCUGGCCUGCAGUCCCUGGUCUGCAGAGAGUUCUGGGUGGUUCCUGGCUCCAGGAGAGGAGUGUGUGAUUGAAGAUUACCCCUGUGAGGAGUUUCAGGCUCUGGCCUCCGCUCAGCUGUCUGACUCCCUCCUCCUGCAGCAGAGACACACCCUGCUGGAGCUGCUGGCCAACCACUGGGACACGGGACACCGUUACUCUCAGUACCUCACGGCUCAGGUCAUCGAUCGUGAUGGACGCCCCGUCAAAAGCAUCAGGUCCUCCUUCCACCACCUCCUCUGCCAUCUUGAAUGGGUUCCAGCCUAUCAGCUGCAAGAGGGAGGCCAGAGAGAGAGGAAGUACCUGCGUCCAAACUCGGUCUACCUGACCUCCCCUGAGAUCAGCAACCUGCUGGGGACUCAUGUCUGCUACGUGGACCUGGACCCCAGCGAGUUCAGCAGAGCUCUGGGAAUGAGACACUGUGUCACAGAGGAGUCUCUGAUCAAGUACCUGAAGGAGUGGUGCGUCAGACCUGAGGAGGAGGACGAGAAGCAGGGAUCAGCUGAUGAGGGGCGGAGCUUUACCUCCACAACUCAGCACAUCAAGAACGUGUACAUGUACCUGAGCAUGAACUGCUCUCAGAGCAGCCUGAAGGAGCUGUUCCACCACACACCUGCUGUCUUCAUCGAUUACAACAGGAGAGACAACGACUGGUGUUCAGGGCGGUUCUACCACCUGAAGGAGGUGUGCUGGAGUGACCCCACCUUCAUGUUCAAGCGCUAUAAACAGCUGACCCUCGGAGCAGACAGCCCGGUCCAAGAACCCAAAGUCCUGGCUCCUUUUUAUGGCCAGACACCGGAGUUGAAGGCUUUCUUCAUCAGGGGGCUGAAUGUGGAUCUGAGUCCUAACAUGAACCAGUAUGUGGGUCUGUUAGAGCUCAUCUGCUCAUCGUGUCCCACUCCCAACGCUGAGGUGCUGCAGGACGUGUCCGUGCUCUACUCCAGACUGGCUCAGAAGUGUACAGGCUCAGUCUCAGGGGAGCAGGACAGCAUGGCUCAGCCUUCACUCAACUCUGCGUACUGCUCCACCCUGAAAGGUAUGGUGUCUGAUAAGAGGGUCUUCCCUACCAAAGAUAACACCUGGGUGACUCUGGCACGCAGACCGAUGAUCUCUGACAACAAGGAGCUGGAGAAAGUGUUUAAAGCUCACAGACAGGUGUGUCUGCUCCAGCUGCCACCUGCUGAGAAGAGGAACACUCCCAGGAGGGCGGGGAACUCUGCAUCAGGAGAACGAGCUAACAUCGAAGCAGCUUUCAGUGAGAAGGACCGCUCCCUGUUCCUGGAGAUCUGUGGGAUCAAACGGCUGUCUGACUGUGUGAAGGCUGAGCCUCUGACUGAGAACCUGAGACCCUGUCCAACCAUGCAGGACAUGGUGCGCUCUGUGGUCCCCUACAUCCAGAGGUUCCUGUACCACCACGAGGAGCUGACUGAGGUCUACGCAGAGCUGACGGAUAACAACAUCACAGAGAAGAUCAAGAAGCUUCAGUUCAGUCAGGUGGGGAAGCUCUACAUCCGCUAUCAGCUGGUAGAAUGUGAGGUACCAGUGGAGCUGCAGGAUGUGAUCUGUCUGCUGAAAGACCAGAAGGAGCUCUAUAUCCAGAAAGAUCACCUGUCGGCCAACCUGGAGAUCUGCAGGGAGCUGGUGAAACUGUUCUGCACUGAGGUCAGCCACAAGAAAGAGCUGAUGCAUUUUCUGAGCGUCCUGAUUACCUCCAUCAAUGACCCCAGAUCUCUGCAGAGAUUCUUGCAGAAGGAGGACAUCAGAGAGCUACCCAAUGAGGAGGAGCUGUGGGAGGUCCCCGAGCCCAUCAGACCUGAGCUGCACCUGGAGAGAGUGCUGUCAAGGAGUAAGCCCUCCCUCAGCUCCCAGGAGGAGCCAGCUCGCCCUGCUCCAGAGGACGGAGAGGAGACGCUGGUCUGCUGGCCUCCUCGAGCUUCCAUUCAAAACACAGGCAGCCGCACAGCUCACACAGACAGCGGUGUGGUGGACGCUGUCAUGAAGAUGUGGCCGCCUCCUGCAGCACCUAAAGACAGAGACCCAGAGAGAGACAUCACACCCCGAGGAAGCAGCCACGCCGUCCCUCAGAGUCCCAGCAGCUUUGAAGGGAACCAGCCAAUCAUGAGCAGCUCUGAGGGCGACCAACCAAUCAGGAGCAGCAGACCUGCAGAUCAGCCCGGCCAGCAGAAAGUCUUCGUCCAUCCAGGACAACCGAGCCCUGCAGCCGGGAACACAAACUCCACACACAGACCAGAGAGCAGCCAGCCUGACGGGGCUCACAGAGAGGAAACAGAUCCCAGACCAGCUCAGAAUACUCCAUCUGCACCGUCUGCUGAGACCACAGCCAGCGAGCCGCCUGCUCCAAACAGCCUCUCCGUCCCUGAGGCCGUGGUCCUCCCCUCAAUGUUUCAGGGUGCAGGCCCUGCAGAGCGCCCUGCCCUGAACCUGGACUUCCCGAUGUGGAACUCUCAGACCGGGCUGGAGGAGAUGCAGCUGAACUGCCACAGGCCGAGCACGGUGGUGCUGUCAGAGGACAAGAUGGACCUCACAGCCAUCGGGGAGUGGGGGGAGCAGCUGGUGAACUCCUUCCUGUGUCACUGGAGGGACAGCGGCGACGCCGGGAGCCCCGCCCACAUCCUGUGGUGCAACCAGAGUGGAGAGAGCGGCCAGCCAUACGACUUCAGGCUGACGUUUGGCACUGAGGGGGGGCCAGGGGGGCCAGGGGGGCCGGUGGUGGUGUACGUAGAGGUGAAGUCGACCAUAAAGAAGGAGAAGUCGUUCAUCCACCUGUCGGCCAACGAGCUGGACUUCGCCCUGAAGGAGAAAGACAGAUAUCACAUCUUCAGGGUUUACAGCGCCGGAGACUCAAACAACGUCCGUCUGUGCCGCAUCCAGAACCUGGCUCAGCACCUGCACACCAAGGAGCUGGCCCUCUACCUGUUUGUGUGAGCACCUGGACCUCCACCUGUGAGUCUGAGUGGAGCGGCACACUGAGCUCAGCGCCGUGACGUCUGACGCCUACUGUUUUGAAUCUGCACUGACUUUAGUCCAUGUGAUAAACUCUGUUCUUUCUCCACUCUGAGAAAUGAUUGCACAUUCCGUUUUCUCUCUUCUGUUCACCGUGUUUUUACUGCUGACUCUGCACUCAGCUGUUUUCUAUAGAGUUUGAGGUUUUCAUGUUCUAGCGGACACACUGAAUGUUUUUAACCUUUUUUUACUCCCCGACCUCUUCCUGAAUAAAACUGUUUCUGUCAUCUCUGA